UAGCAUCACACACUUUUGAGUAGAGCCACUUGGAUACGCAGUCGUCACGGUUUCAUCAGCAGCGCAAAGUCGCAAGCCAUAAGUCGGGAGUCGCCCAUUUACACCACCAGCGAAAUCUUAGUAGUGUUCCUUGAACAUUUGCGGUUGUCACAUCAGCUGGUCGAAGCCGACAUCGCCGCCGCCGCUGCAGUCACAGCUACAUAUUGACACAAUUGAGGAGUAGACGAAUUGUUUGUAAUUACUGUGCCAUAAAGAGUUGUUCGAUUUGAUUAGUAGGCCAAUUGUUGGUAAAUUGAGAAGAUUUAGCGGCGGUGUUAGAGUAAAGUAAGGUUUCACUGGAGCUUAAUAAAAAUAAUUAUAAAAGUGAAACAAUGUGAAAUAAUGAGAGAAAAAAUAACAGCUUUCAUCUAACGAGUUAGACAAGUCGUGCCUGGAAACCGCUAAAAUGUGGCUUCUAAAUAUAAACCACAAACAUAAUAAAAAUGCUAAAAAUUGGUAGAAUUGAAAAAAGAAACAAAAUAACCAAACUAAAAAAUGCAGUCUAAUAAUAAUGAUAAAAAAAACUACGCUCAGUGAGAGAACAUGCAAGUAAUGUUUAGAAAAUAUAGCUAAGCACUAAAAAAUCCGUUAUUAUAUUUAAUUGUUUGUGUGAAGCAGUCUACAUGUUUAUUUGAUGCGAUAAAAAGCAAUUUAAUCAUUGUUGUUUGUUUGUGAUGAUAGUUUUGUUUUUGUUUUGUUUUUAUGAGUGAUGUGUUUCAAAAAGUCAACCAUAAAGAUCGAGAGAUAUCAUGAUAACUGAGAGGUUACCCAACAAAAUGUAUACUCAUACUCGUAGCGCUUGAUUAUUCGAAAUUACCACUCUAGGCAUUAAAACAUCCAAGUGUACUCAGACUGUUAGUUACCAGUCAAGGGGUAAAAUAUUGACUAAUUACCAGUAUUCUUCACACUACUUCACACUUCAUACCACUGACAGAAAAGAACAAAAUGCCGACUGCUGUAUCAGAUCUCACACUGCCAACAGCAACACCUGCCGCCACAGCAACCACACCAUUUACAACAAUGACAACGCAGACUUUGCCAAAUGGCGAAGCCAUGCAAAUUCAAGACAUACAAAGAAGUGCAGAACAAAAUGACAAGAAUUUAAAGGAAGGCGACAGGCAACAAUUUAUUGUUAAAUAUCGACAACGUUUUUAUGAUAUAACGCGUUUCCUGAAAAAUCAUCCAGGUGGUAUAAAUACGCUGCGUGGUCUCAACAAUAGCGAUAUGACAACGCGUUUUCUGCACGCCCCACCGCACUCUGAUGCUGCUAUGUACCUGAUGAAAGAAUAUGAAAUAAAGCCCACACAAUUGCAAAAUGACACCAAGCGAAGGCAUCAUCAUCAGCUGCAUCAAAGGCAACAGCUACAACAAAGGGUGAAUGAUGAUCAUUUUGUGGAUAAUGAACAACAGCAACAGGUGUUUGAAGCGACCCCAGUAAAUGGUAUUGAACUGAUCGAUGACGUGUUACAAGAAGAUAGAAACAACAAUCAGCUGGAUGAGAGUAUGGAGCACCUGGUGGACUGGUCAAAAGCUAUGCUCCCACAAAUAUCACACAUUACACGCCAUUAUGAUGAAUGGGUGCACAAGCCGGUCGACAGGCCGUUACGCUUAUUUGGGCCAACUUAUAUAGAGAUGUUUACAAAAACACCCUGGUGGGUUAUACCACUCUUUUGGAUGCCCGUUAUUAGCAAAUGUCUUUGGGAUGAAUUCACACGUAAUUGGAGCUCUUCUAGCACAAGCACGCAAACGCUUUUGGUUGCCUACUUUGCAGCCGGUAUACUUCUCUGGACCUUACUUGAAUAUAUGCUUCAUCGAUUUUUGUUCCACAUGAAAAUAAACGCCAGCACCAAUCCAUGGCUGUGCACAUUUCAUUUCAUGAUUCACGGUCUACAUCACAAGGUACCUUUCGAUUCAAAGCGUCUUGUCUUUCCGCCACUGCCGGGCGUCGUUAUUGCCACUAUCUUAUAUACACCAAUCAGUUUUCUGUUGCCACAUCCACGUAUUGUAUUAGCCGGUGCGCUGUUCGGUUAUCUGUGCUACGAUCUGAUGCACUACUACCUCCACUAUGGUAAUCCUUCAUUCCAACACACACGCUUCAUGUACGAUAUGAAACGCUACCACUAUCAGCAUCAUUUCGCGCACCAGGAUAUGGGGUAUGGCAUAAGUAGUCCUUUUUGGGACAUCGUAUUCAAUACAAGGAUACACUUGCGUAAACUACGAUUUCCAUUGCGUUGGCGAUAAGUACUGUCAAAUAAUCACCUUAGGCCUUACACAUAAAUAUAUUUAAGAUGGAAUAAUUAAAAACAUAUUUAAAAGUAAGUUAUUAAAAUGUCACAUAGCAUCGGCUUAUGAACAAUGCUUUUGCUAUUAGUACUUUUUAUAUGUAAAACAUUACCAAAGAAGAAAACUGUACUGAGAAAUCAUUCCUGAAUAUGCACAUACGAGUACAUACGUGCAUAGUUGUAUGUAACUUUAGUAGACACAUUCAGGGGCUGUGUCUCGUGUAUGACGAUUUUACUAUCAGGGUGGAUUACAAUGAGUUGUUUUGAAAAUGUUAUUUCUAUUGUUUUGUUGUAUUUAUUUUAAAUUCUUCUAUUAUUACUUAGUUUUAAGCAUAAAAUAAAAAAUGUAUUUUCUGAUGGAAAAAUUUAUAAUUUUUUCGUACAAAUGAAAUAUAGCCAAAAAGUUGUAAAAGCAA